CUUAGGAUACAGGUUAGUGUGUGUGUGGCUGAAAUGAGUGAACUAAUGAAUGCAUCCUUCCCUCUGCUGGCUGCUGGGUUGGUGGGUGCCCUGAUGUGUGUGUUCACAGAGCAGAGCUCCACGUGGUCAGUGUUCAGGGUAAAAGCAGAGCAGACUCAGCUGAGCUCAGUGAGCGACACCAUGUCUCUGUACCGCAACUCCGCCUGGUUCCUGAAGGGAAUGACCGAGUUCACCAGGAGCGCCUUCUUGUCCACCUCCAAGCAGUUUGUGGAAAAGGACCUGGAGGUGGCCAUGGCCGGACGCUCCUUCAUGAUAACAGGAGCCAACAGUGGCAUUGGGAAAGCCACCGCCAUGGCCAUUGCCAAGAGAGGCGGAACCAUCCACAUGGUCUGCAGGAACAAGGACAAGGCAGAGGAGGCGAGGGCUGACAUUGUAAAGGAGACGGGAAAUAAAGAGGUCUAUGUCCACAUCCUGGACCUGUCUGAGACCAAGAAAGUCUGGGAGUUUGCUGAGGCAUUUAAGAGAAAGUACAAGACCCUAAAUGUACUGAUCAAUAAUGCAGGUGCCAUCAUGGGUCAGAGGGAUGUGAAUGCUGAGGGGCUUGAGAAGAGCUUCGCCACCAACGUCCUGGGUGUUUACAUCCUCACCAAGAGUCUCAUUCCUCUGCUGGAGAAGAGCGCAGAUCCCAGAGUGAUCAGCGUGUCCUCAGGGGGAAUGCUGGUGCAGAAGCUCAGGACAGGAAACCUGCAGUCUGACAGGGGCCGUUACGAUGGCACCAUGGUCUACGCCCAGCACAAAAGGCAGCAGGUGGUGCUGACAGAGCAGCUGGCAAAGACUCACACAAACAUCCACUUCUCCGUCAUGCACCCUGGCUGGGUGGACACCCCAGCGGUGGCCAAUGCCAUGCCAGACUUCCAUCGCUCCAUGAAGGAGAGUCUGCGAACCCCUGAGCAGGGGGCUGACACCGUGGUGUGGCUGGCUGUCUCUGAGGCCACAGCCACAAACCCUAGUGGACGCUUCUAUCAGGACCGAAAGAUGGUGUCCACCCACCUGCCGCUGGCCUGGUCCCACAGCUCCCCCCAGGAGGAGCUGAAGUUAAUGUCUCUGCUGGAGGACUUGGCCAAGACAUUCCAGCCUCACUGAGACACCGGGACACUGGUCAUUAUGUCCAGGACCAGUACUAACGCCAUCAGUUAACACUGAGCCAGGCCGGGCUCCAGAGAGGAUCUGCUUCUGUUGUCCAAAAAGCAUUUGGAGAGUUUGAAACAGAUUUGGUCUGUUAUAGAAAGGGACAAAUGGAAACCAGACAGACUAAACUCACCUGUAACCAACGGUUUAACACGCUUUUUAACUAUUUAUAUGAAAAAUUUGUUUUUCUUACUGUAAGCUCGACCUUAUAGGGAUGAAAACCUUUAAACCUUUAUGAGUGGUUGAUAUUGAGGCUGCUUUCAGUGUGUUUUAUGAGGUUACACAAACACACACACACACACACACACACACACACACACUUCCAGUCUGUUGCUGUGGCUUUAUGAACGUUGUCUAUCAGAUGGGAAUCUGAUGUGACCUAAGUCACUCCAUUAUAAACUCAAGAUACCUGUCAUGUGCUCAGUCUGAUGUUACUGUCUGCAUAAUUAACAUGCAUCAUGUACACUGAACAGCUAUGUAAGUAACUCAUGUAUUUGCUAUAGUGCAGCGUCUGUACUGUGCAGGUUGAGCUCAGGCUGGAGAUGAAGUGUUCUCUCCAUGAGCAGUGUGCCUCACACCACACAGCAGCAUCACUUCACAUGUGCAAUUAAACCGAUGUAUUUAUCUGCCCAGCACCUUUAAAAAGGCAUUUUACUCACUGGUGUGAGGUUGUCUUGUAAAUGUAUGCUUCAAUAAUAAAUGUAUGCUUCAAUAAAAAAAUCAUUACUAA